AUGGAAAUUAAACAGAAGAAAAAUUUUGCAAAAAAAGUGAUAUGGUUCGUACUAAUGCUAUCUCAAUUUUGCAUCAUCAACAUCAACUUUUGUGAUGGUUUCAGCGUGAAACGAAUUUCUAAAUUUGAAGCAUUUCUAACUUUCAGAGAUACAUCAGAUUGGAGUUUUAUUAAAGAUAAAUUCAGGGUAAACAAGUUGGGAAAGAGACACAAUGAUGUGAUGUACAAUAAGAAUGGAAUCGAACUACAAGAGAGGAAGAACCAUAACAUUUUAUAUGUACACAAAAAAAAGAAAAAAAAAAACCAAAACAAAGAUGAAUUACAAGUACAGGAAAUUAUAAACAAUCAAGUUGUAUCUAAAAAGAAUGAGGAAAAUGACACGAAAAUUCAACGCACAUUUAUCCCUCCUGCAAGGGAGAAAAAAGUCACUCACAAAAGUUACAAGGGAAUGGUGCUAGAGAAUGCAAACGAAUCAACAUACACGACAGGGGCGAGAAAAACAGGAGAUUCUUACAUACUUAACAAUUUUAACAUAAGAUCUAGUUUGAAAGAGGACGAAGAGGAAGAAGAGGAUGAAGAUGAUGAAGAGGACGAUGAGGACGACGAAAAUUUCCACAAUGCUAGAACUGGCAAUAGCAUAGGCAAAGGUGGAGAAGCAGAGGAGUUCAAGAAGAAGAAGAAAAAAAAUAAAGCUGCAAUCAACGAUGAAACAGACGAGACAGAUGAGACACAUGAGGAAGACUCGGGGGAUGAAAGCGUGGAGGAGGAGGAGGAGGACGACGACGACGACGACGAGGACAGCGAAGAACUACCAUUCAGCGAAGAAGAUCUAGAAAUAAUGAACAAAACAUCUGCUGAAAAAAUGAACAAUGUUUACAACUAUAUUAAAAGGGAAUCGUACCGUUUUAACCUAAACAAUGUUUCGAAUACCAUGUUGGAAGAUGAGAAGGUAAAAAUAAAUGAACGGAUUUAUAUCAUAAAGCAUAUAUGCCACAUUAAGAAAAAAGAAAAUUUAUUUAUAAUUACUCCAUAUGACCCUUACUAUGUUAAUUUCAUAUACAACCAUUUCACAAAAGAAUACAAUGAACUGAAAUUUUAUGUGAAAGAUAAAUCUGUUUAUGCUGUUAUCCCUCCAUUAUCUGAAAACUUAAAAAAUGAAAUUCGAAUAAAAAUAAAAGAAAAAAUAGAGGAUGCUAAAGGUACUCUACGAAAUGUGCGAAAGCAGAUGAUGUCUAAAUUAGACAAGGUAAAAAAUAAAAUAGGAAAAGACGUUUAUUUUCGACAAAGAAAUUACAUACAAAGUUUGCAUGAUCAGACACGCAAAAAAAUUGAAGCCAUAAUGGACGACAUUAGAUAA